AUGCCAUUACCGAUUUACACCGAUGCACGCCCAAUCGUCCACACCAUUGCUCCACCAGCUUCCUAUGCUAGGCACAUUCCGCACUUUGAAGAUCAACAUCGCAUGCAUCAGACUGUCGACUCAACCGUUAGUGGUGAUGAAGUAAGAUUUGAAGAUUUCAGAGAAGUGAAGGAGAACAUGCAACUCCUUGAGAAGAAGUUCCGAGCAUUAGAAGGAGACCAUGUCUUUGGAUCUGCUGCCAAAGAAAUGUGUCUUGUAUAUGGGUUGGUGAUUCCAGCCAAAUUCAAAACUCCAGAUUUUGACAAAUACAAGGGGCAUACUUUCCUAAAGAGCUAUCUCAUCAUGUAUUACAAUAAAAUGCCUGCUCACGUGGAAGACGACAAGUUGAUGAUCCACUGUUUUCAAGAUAGCUUGAGUGGGGCUCCUUCCACGUGGUAUUUAAGUUUGGAUCAGAGUAGGAUCAGAUAUUUCCAAGACCUGUCAGACGCGUUCAUAAAACACUACAAAUACAACAUGGAUAUGGCGCCUGACAGAAGACAGUUGCAAAGCAUGUUCCAGCAUGACAAGGAGCCCUUCAAGGAAUAUGCUCAAAGAUGGAGGGAACUGGCUUCUAAAGUUGAACCACCUCUUGCUGAAAAGGAACUGGCUGAACUGUUCAUCGACAUUGUCCAACCCCAAUUCUAUGAGAAGAUGGUUGGAAGUGCUUCCUUGGGAUUCUCCGAGCUUUUUGCUAUAGGGGCUCGUGUUGAAUAUGGAUUAAGAAAUGGAAAACUUACGGUUGUGGCUGGAACUUCAAGUGCUAAUCCAAAGAAGUUCUCUGGAGUGUUUCCUAGAAAGAAGGAAGGUGAAACUAAUGCUAUGUCUAUUGUCCAAGGAAGAGCCCCUCCAAGAAGGAGACAACAACAAUAUUCGACCAGUUUAUCAGCAAGCACCAGCGGCUCAUGUCUAUCAACAAUGGAGAGCUCAAGCUCCAAGACAAAAUGCUCCGAAUCAGAACAGGAGGCAGGGGGAUAG